AUGGCCGCUGCAGUCGAGUCGCUGCGCUCCAUCCUCUUUGGAAACCCCAUUGCGCUCACCCUCGGCGAUGCGCUCAACUCCUUUUCAGAGCGCCGCGCCAAGCUCGGCCUGGCCAACCCCGGCACGAUAGAGCACCUGAGUAAGGAGGUCCAGCGCGAUGUCUUCCUCACCAACCACAUGUUCACCGGCGUCCGCGCCGACCUCACCAAGGCCUUCAGCAUGUCUCCGCUGUUCCAGGUGUCGCACGGCUUCGCCAUGGGCGAGAAGCUCAACCCCUACACCUUUGCCGCCAUGUACGGCACCUCCAACGUCUUCUGCCAAGCCAACGUCGACAACGAGGGUUCCGUCUCCGGCCGCUUCAACCUCCGAUGGUCGGACAGGCUCAUCUCCAAGGUCCAGGCCUCCAUGUCGCCCGAUAACCAGGACAUGGCCCAGUUCGAGCACGAAUACAUGGGCAACGACUUCAGCGCCAACCUCAAGAUGCUCAACCCUUCCUUCCUCCAGGGCGGCAUGACCGGCAUCUUCAUCGGCAGCUACCUGCAGUCCGUCACCCCCAAGCUUGCGCUCGGCCUCGAGACUGUCUGGCAGCGCCCCUCGCUUGGCCAGGGCCCCGAAACCGCCGUUUCCUACUGCGCCCGAUACAAGUCUCUCGACUGGGUCGCCACCGCUCAGCUCCAGGCUGCCAUGGGCACUCUCAACACCUCUUUCUGGAAAAAGAUCUCUGAGCGCGUCCAGGCUGGUGUCGACCUGACGCUCGGCCUCGUGCCUUCUGCGGGCAUGAUGGGCGGUGGUCUGCAGAAGGAGGGUGUCACCUCCGUCGGUCUCAAGUACGACUUCCGCAUGUCGACCUUCCGCGCCCAGGCCGACUCGAACGGCAAGCUGAGCUGCCUGCUCGAGAAGCGUGUUGCCCCUCCCGUCAUGAUGACCUUUGCUGCCGACAUUGACCACUUCACGCAACAAGCCAAGCUCGGCCUCGCCGUGUCCAUCGAGGCCGCUCCUGAGGAGCUCCAGGACCAGCAGGAGGCGCUCACCCAGAACGCCCCCAACAUUCCCUUUUAA